UCUUUCGGACGCCGGGGGACUCCGGCGUGACCAUGGACCGGAGGAAGAAGCCGCUGGACGUCACGGCGUCCUCGCUGGUAGAUCUCAAGGCCGAACUCUUCCGGAAACAAGAGGAGUUCAAGCAAGAAAAACUUCUGAAAGAUGCUGGAGUUUUUGGGAAACCGAAAACAACUAAUAAGAAACCAAGUGUCUGGAGCAAACAGAACACAGGAGUCUCGCAUCGAGCUGAGAAGGACGCGGAACAGAAGAUUGAGGAGCAGAAGACCUUGGACAAAGCCAGGGAAAAAUUGGAAGAAAAAGCCAAAUUAUAUGAAAAAAUGACGAACGGAGACUUUAUCGAUGAAGAGGUGGAGGACGUGUACCUCGUGGACUUCACACAGAAGAUCUUAGACAAGCGCCGGGAAGCGGAGGCGCCGGGCGCCGGUGGAGAGUCUCGGAAGGCGGGAGACGGGGACGACGACGAGGAGAACCUUCCGGAAGAGGACGUCCCUGCUCCCCGAGACCCCAGCGAAGAAUGGGUGGACUACGUGGACUCCUUGGGGCGGUCCCGGCGCUGCAUGAGGAAGGAUCUGCCGGAUCUGCUGGAGAUGGAUAAAAAUCUUCAGGGCAGACUCUUCGUCAGCCCUGCCAACGAGAAGGCCCUGCUGUCGGAAGACAUGAGACGGGAGCUGCAGCGCCAGCAGUGGGAGGAGGAGGAAAGGGAGGCUCUGCAGAGGCCGGUGGGGCCCGUGCACUACGCGGACGUCCGGGAGAACGAGGCCCGGCAACUCGGCGUUGGCUAUUUCGCCUUUGCCCAAGACAAAGAGCUGAGAAACAAGCAGAUGAAAACUUUGGAGAUGCUGCGUGAACAGACAACAGAUCAGAGGACGAAACGAGAAAACAUAAAGGAGAAGCGAAAGGCCAUCUUAGAAGCAAGACUCGCCAAACUUCGGAAGAAAAAGAUGAAAAAAUCACAAGAAGAUGGAGCGGAAGGAGGAGGAGGCGCAGACGUCGUCGGGCCUUUGCCGCUGGAACCGGAGGCUGCGCCGACCCCGCGAGCCGCCGCCCAGAGCAGCAGAGUGGAGGUCGUCGUCCAGGAGAGGAGGGACACCAGGCCCGGGGUGCCGCACGUCCGCGAGUGGGACCGAGGAAAAGAAUUUUCCUUUGGAUACUGGUCGAAGAGGCAGUCGGACCUCCGUGCCGAGAGAGACCCGGAGUUUGCGCCGCCGCCGGAUUACUUCGUGGGUCCGAGGAGGCCCGGUGCUUCCGGCAGCCAGGCGCGGGGCAGGCCGGGGCCAGCGCAGGGCGACCCAGGGCCGUGCUCUCGCCAGGGCUGUGGCCCCAGCGCGGUGCAGGCGUCGCCCGCUCCUCCCCCCGACAGCCCGGCCCAGGCCGCCACGGUCACCUUCGAGACCCUGGAUGACAUGAUCUCCUAUUACAAACAAGUGACCUGAGCGUGCGGAGCGUCCUGACGUGGGUUGUGCUGCCGGCGGCGCCUCCCUCUCCCGGAGGGGCUGGGCUGUGCCUUGUCCCUCUGUCCUUUCUCCACACGGCAAACGGGCUGGACCUGCCAGCAAGGCAGAAAGUGGGUGGCGCUGUGGGGACUCUGACCACCGGGCUGUUCGCUGUUUCCUGACUGGUUUAGAGCCGUUCCCGUCGGGACUCACGUGGGGGCCGCGAUAGAGUAGAAAUCUUAUCCUGUACAGUUGGACACUGACUCACUCGGAACCCUGUCUCCCAUCCGCCCCCGAGACUGACGUGGGCCUCAGGGUUCUCUUCCGUCCCUUCGGCAGGUGCCAGCACGCAGGCGUCUGUUCCCGGCCAGCCGACGGAGCAUAGGUCGGCAGAGUUUUCACUUACCCAGCGGCGGCGAGGGAGGGUAAGGGAGGCAGAGCGGCCCGGUGUCCGGGAGGCCCCUGGAGCUGGUGAGGUCAUAAAUAACGACACUGGAAACCAUGAGGAAGCCCAGGAAGGAGCACUUUCCAGUCCAGAAAAGUAGAGCUUGAGUUGCCUCCUGCCUUUGUCGCCAGGCCGUCCUGCUGCCGCACCCCCGCGCGCCGCAGCCAUUCGGGCGCCGGGUGUCGAGCGGCUGGGACGGCCGUGGGCUGCCGGGCCUGGUCGCAGUUGCGCUGUUACUGCGGUUGGGGUCUUUUGGCCGGGCCCGCUUCCCUCUCCCUCCACGCCAGGCCUCCCUCGCUCUCAGAGCCUGAUUCGGGUCAGACUCGGGCCGUGUGGAGUCCGUGUCCUGCUCACGGGGAGCUCGGGUGGGCAGGGCUCCGGCGGACGGCCCUAUGCCCAGGAGCACGUCCCUGCCGCCCCUCGGAGCGUCUCCUUUACGGCCGCAGACGGACGGUCGGACUGGUCCCCAGGCCCGUCCGGCUCCCACAGCUGCUCCCGGGCCAGAGAGCCCCUUGGAGUGCGGCAGCCCAGGUCCGCGGGGCGCCCUGAAGGAGCCUCCUAACCGCGGUUCUCGGCGGCGGCGUUUCGUCCCCACACCUCUGCGGGGUGGACAGGGACGCCCCCCCUCUCAUCGCGGGUGACACAGGAGCACAGAGAGGGUCAGUAACUCACCGCGGGUCCUGCAGAACUCGAGCCGCAGGUCUGGGACUUAAACACAGUUUGCGUCCGAGCUCUGGAGUGAAGCUUUUUCCAGCACCCUCUGCUCUCAGUCAGUGUCAAGCAAUCCUAGACAAAAAUCCUGAGUUCCUACAGCGCUAAACUCCACAGCAAAGGUGAAGUUACUCCGUCAGCCUAAUCCAGCAAAUGCCGCUCUUCACAUAACCGGCUAACGCAGCCGCCUUUGGCAGAAGUAGACAAGCUGAUCCUCGAGCUCGCGUGGAAAUGCAGCAGACCCCGAAUAGCCAGAACAUCCUGAGAAGGAGCAGAGUUGGGAGCCCCGCGCUUCCUGACGUCGAGGUUCACACAAAGCUGCAGUCAUCCCGACAGUGGCACGGGCGUGAGAACGGGCACAUGGGCGGAGGGAAUGGAGUCGAGAUCCGGAAACAAUCCUGCGUGUCUGUGGUCAGCGAUUUUCGACAGCGGUGCCGGGACCACCCGACGGGGGAGGAACAGUCUCUUCCAUAAAUGGUUCCGGGUCGACCGACCGUCCCACGCAAAAGAACGAGUUUGGACUUUGACCUCACGCCAUAUGCAAAAACCAACUCGGAAUGGAUCAAAGACCUGAACGUAAGACCUGAAACGACAGAACCAACUGGAACUGCUUGUGGGAUGACGGGGAAGGAGACAAAGAAAAACUGGAACGCUGAAAAGAAAAACAGCGUUAGCGGGCGUGCCAAAAUCGUCAAGUCAGACAGAAGACGGGCUUGCAAGGCAGAUCGCAGAGCAGAAAAGAGCAGGGGCGGGAAGACCAGCCGGGCAGCGGGACGAGCCCACGAGCGUGGGUCACGGAAGGGUCCCGUGAAGGUGACCUUCCGUCCUUGCCCGGAGCCCCCGGGGGACGGUGAAGCGGCCGUGCACGCCGGCUCCUGGUCACUCUGGGCCGGUACCCGUGAGUCCUAUUUUCUUUAGGAUCUGAACGACCGUGGAACCCUAUUUCCAAUCCCCUCCUCACAGCGUAGAUUUGCCUCAUCGUUCGGUGAAUUUGGUCGUAUCCUCUCGUGUUCCGGACGCGGAGCCGGCGGGCCGCGGCGGGCGUUAGAUCUCCGUCGUGAGUGUUGGUCGUGGGCCGUGUCGUGCCGCUGUGUCCAGUAGGUGUCACUGGAGUGCUCGGGCACCAGAUCCGUGCUCCCAGCUGGUGCCGUGCGUGAGCCGUGAGAGUCACUCGAUUUUCUGGGAACCACAUUUAGAAAGUGAAAUUACCUUGAUAUGUUGUUUAACCCUGUAUA